GGCAAAACGGAAGUUUUCUCGUCUCUCUCUUCAUCUGUCUGGUUCCGUGCGCAUUUACCAUUGCCGUUUAUCUUCUUUUUUUUUUUCGGUUCGCCAUCAUUUUCGGAGGGAAACCGAGCUAUUUAGCUGAAUUACAUAGCCAAAUUGUAGGAAAAACACACACAGUUAUGACGUUUGUCUGCUAAUUAAGUAAAUUUGAAUAGCAAGAUGGUGCUAAUGUUUACGCGCUAGUAAGCAAUCCGUCAUGUCUGAAUGGUGCAACAGUGACACCGGAGAGGCUGUCUACCGGUCUCUGGAUGCCAUAAAAAACCUACGGAUAAGACACAGUACACGAGUUCAGGACCCCAACAGCCUGGAGAUCACAAACUUCGCCAGAGGCGAGCAGUGCUUGCAUCCCACCAUAGAGUCCAGGUGUUGUGCUUGAUUUGGGACGCGCAUUCCACCUCCUCGCGAUGUUCCCCCUCGUACAAUGGCCCGGUCCGCCCGAUAGCACGCUAGCCGCUCCAGAUGCACAGCAGGGUAUCCUUAAAGAGGGUGACCACCUCAGUGACUCUUUCCCAACAACUCCAGCGGCAAGUUCUGUCCCAGCAGGAUGCAGGAGUCAUUGAACUCGUGCCGCUCACAUCGCAAGCCCAACCUGGCGAUAACGCAGAAGACGUCGUCGUUGGCUGGCAGGAGAAGCUUUUCAGUCAGUAUGAAAUGGAGCUGUUCCAAAACGAGGUUGCGUGUCAGAGCCCACUGGACCGGCAGUACCACAAAGAGGUCACAGCCCUGACUCAGACCGAGGGCCGGCAAAACCGCAGAAUUUUUACCUACACAGAUUAUGAUCGCUACACCAACUGUCAGCCGCUGCAGCAGCUGCACCAAGGCAGCCAUUUGCUCAACACCACCAAGACCAAACCCACUUUCCUUGCCGAAAGGAUGGCCACCGUGCGGCAGCGAAGGCAGGACAGGCGAACCACGGAUGCCAGUUUCCCCAAGUCCAAGAUCAUUAACUGGGAGCCCAGCGAUGAGUUCAAGAGGAACAGCCAUGAGGUGAACAGUGUCAUGCAGACAAUGCACGUCAUGGGAGAUCUGGGUCCUCCUGGAAGGUUGGGUCUGAAGGAGAACGAAUUUUUGCUGUUGACCGUAAAAACAGAUGGCAACGGGACCAUUGUCGUGAAACCUGACUUCAACGAGGGCAAAGAGUCCUACAGGAUAGCAACUGCCGGGAGCAACAAAGAAAUCUGGCAUCUCACCAUCGAGAACGCGUCGGCAAGCAUGAAAUCGGAGGAGAAGGAACGAGAGCAGCGCUUGUACCGAGAUGUGCGUAGCCAUUUCUGGGGCCGUGAGCUGCGUUCCAGGCGCACCGAGUUUCCAUAUAGCCUCGUUGGACAGGACUUCGAAAUGCCUCCUCCGGGUGUUCUGCGCUACUUCCUGAACGGCGAGAUAGUCUCCGCUGAGGGCUUUGAGUAUGAUCAUUUGUAUGUCCACUUCAUAACGGAGCUGCCAAACAACUGGUCCAGCUCACCGACGCAGUCCCACUCAGGAGUCACUCACGUCUCUCGGACCAAAUCACUGGGGAAGGACAACGUGGCGUACCUCUGCUACCCUUUCACCUUGGAGGCUUUCUGCACAAGCGAGGAAGAGCACGAGGAAUCCGGACCCCGGUGGCCAGUGUUGUAUUUCAAGGUUCUCUCACUGGACUCCUGGUGGCGAUAUCGAACCGAAGGCUAUGGCUACCUGCUCUUUCCCUCCACGCCUGGACUGCACACCUUGACGCGUCACACGUGGAGACCCCUUCAGACGGGCACGGCCUCGGCCAUGAGGCGCUUCUUUAUCGGAGGUUCCCCGGAACUGGAGGACCUGAGCUACGUGAGGGUACCAGGCCAUUUUAAGGGGGACAGGCUCAGUCGCUUUGGAUUUUGUACACAAACCUCGGGGAGUGUGACUUUUCGUUUUCACUGCAUUCAGCAGUCGAGAGAUUUUGCCAAUUCCACUGCAGCAAGGAGAAGGUGGCAGAACACUUUUGACCAGGCCCAAGGAUUCCAUCACCGUGAUACUCUCUUAAGCACCAUGGAGGCGUUUCAACGGGCCAGAAGGAAAAUGCAAGAAGUUAGAGAAAGUCUUCCCGUGGACUUCAUCGCCUCUGUCUCUCAAAUCCAAGUAUGAUCGGCUGAGGAGUGAAUAUUAUUUGCCAUUCCAAAGUAAGAUAGGGCUGUGAUGUUAAACUGAGAAAGUCAUACAAUACAGGACUGCAUGUGUUGCAAUGUUAACAUUUUUGUUCUGUUUUUGGAUGUGUAAAAUUUGACAAAGGAUGAUUAAAAAACAUUUGCCUUUA